GCUUGGACAUGACGAUCGAUGACAUUCCCCAUAUAAUUUUCCAUAUAAAAUGACAGCGAUUUUCAUUUCAUAGUAUGUAUUUGGAAACAGAAAAAGUUGAGAAAAAAUGCGUAAUCUAAUAGGCCAGUUCCAGCGGGAACAAAAGAAAUGCAAAUAAGGAACUGCAUGGUUUAGAUGAAGUGGAUAAUUCAAAAUGGUUUGCUUUUGCUUUUACAGUAGGGGAGGUCGGGGCAUGAUGACGAACGGGGCAAGAUGACGAAGUACUGAUUUAAAGAAAACUGUACAUCCUAAAAAUCCCAUUUAUUUUUCUAUAAAUUCCUUUAGGUGUAUAAUACGUCGGGUUACACAUAGAUGGAGCUAUAGGUUUUGCAUCGGGUUUAAAAAAUCAUAACCGCUUUUCACACCUGUUAGAUGUAAACAUCCAGCUCCAGAAAAUAAGCAAUUUCGCAGGUUUAAAGAAAAAUAGAAGCCCCUUUCAUAGUUAAUCUUGAUUAUUGUGGACAUUUUAAAUAUUAGAAGGUAAGAUACAACCUAAUUUCACUUAAUUAAUAAUUUAAUUUUUGCUGUUUUCUAAAAAAUGUUUCCUGGGGCAAGUUGACGGAGGCAAGAUGACGAAUUCGUCAACUUGCCCCACUGUGUAUAAAAUUAGUUAAAUUCAUUUUUUGAUGUUUUUAGAUGGUAAGAACUUAUAAACACCGUACAGAUAGACGCUCUUGGUCAGAAGACGUGCUUAUUGCCGCGUUGCACUCUAUUUUGCACGACCAUAAGUCAGUUAAUGCUGCCAGUAUUGAGCAUGGAAUCCCGGAAGCAACAUUAAGACGUUAUAUAAAAAAGCAAAAUAACAACGAACCAAUUCCUCUUAGUGGUGGGAGAUUCAGAAGAACGUUUUCUGAUGCUCAGGAAGCUCAGUUUGUGACCUACCUAACUGACCUGAGUAUUAGAGCAUUUGGAAUUACAUCAGUACAAUUUAGAAAACUAGCCUACGAAUUCGCUGAACUUAACAACAUAAACCAUCAGUUCUGCAAAACCACAAAAUUGGCAGGCACGGACUGGCUUAAGUCGUUCAUGAGUAGACAUAGGAUAAGUCUUAGGACCCCAGAGUCGACUUCGCUGGGACGAUUAUUCGGAUUUAAUAAAGUUGAAGUAACUAGAUUUUUUGAGUUACUUAGAGAAACUAGAUUAAAAUACAAUUUUACUGCUGACCGCAUUUAUAAUGCAGAUGAAUCGGGAUUAUCAACGGUUCCCAAUAAAAAGCCAAAGAUUUUAUCGCCCACUGGUUCUAGGAGAGUAUCAAAAGUUGCUAGUGGUGAGCGUGGAAAAAACACCACCGUUGUAUGUGCCAUGAACGCCCAAGGGAGCUACGUUCCACCCUUUUUUAUUUUUGGAAGAGUUAGGAUGCGACCAGAUCUUUUAAAUGGAUGUCCUCCAAACUCUGCUGGUAUAGCUCAACCCAGUGGAUGGAUGAAUACAGAAGCCUUUGUCCUAUACCUUAAACAUUUCGUGAAAUUUGUUCGCCCAAACACAGAGACACCCGUAUUGUUGAUCGUUGACAAUCACUCGUCUCACACUUCACUGGAAGCUAUCAAUUAUUGUAGGGAUAAUGGAGUGGUUAUGUUGGGACUACCCCCGCACAGUACCCACCGCCUACAACCGUUGGACGUUGGGUUUUUUGGACCUCUCAAGACUUUCUAUAGCCAGACUUGUGAUAACUAUUUGGUAAACCACCCGGGAAAACAAAUCACCGAUAAAGAAGUUGGUAGGUUGUUCGGGCAAGCUUAUCUAAGGGCUGCAACUGUGGGAACAGCUAUAAAAAGUUUUUCCGCUUGCGGCAUUGAGCCUUUUAAUGCUGAAAUCUUUGGAGAUUCCGAUUUUGCGCCUUCUAUGGUGAGUGAGAGGCACGUAACUGCGGACAACGAGUUCUUAAGCAGUGACGAUGAACCACUAGCAGUUCCUGGGUCUUCAGGCUCAAAUAGAAUUGAUCAAGCCAAAACAAAAAACAAUGAAAUACAAGAUGGUAAACCACCAGCGGUUUUCAACAAAACUGAGCCAGAAAAGCUUGUGAAUUUAAUUCUCCCAGGACCCUCAGGAUUGAAUAAAAUGGAUUCUGCAAAGAAUAAAAACUAUGAAACACCAGAUGUUGAACCCCCAUUGCUUUCCAAAAAAAAUCAGCCGGCAAGGUCAAUGAAUUUGUCCCUUCCUGGACCUUCAGGCCUACAGCAAAAAAAAUCUGCAAAAAACAAUGAAGCACAAGCUCUUGGCACUAUGAGUUCAUCCAGCUCCAGUCAAACAAUCUCUAAUGUUGAUAGUCGAGUUACGCUACUUGAAAUGAGACCCUUUCCCAAAUAUACACGUCCCAUAAAAACUACCAAAAGAAUUAAACAAAGGGCUUCUGUUAUCACCUCAACACCCAACAAAGAAGAACAGGAAAGAAAAAACAAUGAAAAAAACUUAAAAGAAAUUAAAAGAAGGAAGGUUGAUUCUGUGAAAGUCAAGAGAAAUGUAUUUCAAGAAAAUCGUGAAAAGCAGGUAGGAAAGAAGAAGAAAACUAAUGACAUUUUUUGUCCUGGCUGCCAGGAAUCCCAUAUUGAGCCUCCUACAGAAGACUGGAUUCAAUGUAACACGAACCGUGCACAGCCUACAAAAAAGAUGGCACAUAUACCUGCGACAUUUGUUUAUAAUCGUCAUCGUGCCCCUAUAGGCUCGUCAUCUUACCCCGGUACUGGGGCAAGUUGA